AUGUCCAACUGCCGACAGCGCGAGAGGAGUCGCUUCACCCAACAUAUGGUCAACCUAUAUCCUGAAGCCGUCAAUCAAGGCCCUUGGGCAGAAUUUGAAUACCGGCGGCGUCUCCACCGCGCAUGCGACGAUUUGUUCAACAACCCUAAGUCUGUUCAGGAGCUUGCACUAUGGUCUAACGAUACCAAGGCUUUCGAGGAAAAGCAAUUACACAUUAGUUUAAAGCCAGACAAAGACUUCCAGGGGAAGGUCACUGACGAGUUAGACGAAAUCCUAUUGAAUCAAGCGAAGCAACCUCCCGAAGACUCAAAAAGAGAGCCGGCAAAACUGAGUUUGUACACCGUAACCGUCAACAGAAUUCCUGAGCAUAUCUUGGAACAGCACUACCCUACGCAUAAGGGUUUGCUCGCGGUCGUCGCAAGAGAACUUCGUAUGGAAAGAUACCGCAGUCUGCAGUUUACGGGAAUGGAAGUUGAGAGUAUGGAAGUCUUUCUGAACCGGGAGGACGCUAUCGAGUACGCGGAACAGCUAGAUUGUAAGCAUGAGGUUGAGGAGUUUGAUAUUGAUCCUGAGCAGAUCGAUCAUCCGGGGCUUCCCACGGCAGGUCAGCCGGAACAUCGGGCGAUCUGCGAGGCUCUUCCAAAGGACAAAGACGAGCCUUAUAGGGUGAUAAUGCUUAGCCAUACUGUUGUGUACGCUGUACCGUCAUCAUAG